AAUAAUAAUAAUAAUAAUAAUAAUAAUAAUAAUAAUAAUAAUAAUAAUAAUAAUAAUAAUAAUAAUAAUAAUAAUAAUAAUAAUAAUAAUAAUAAUAAUAAUAAUAAUAAUAAUAAUAAUAAUAAUAAUAAUAAUAAUAAUAAUAAUAAUAAUAAUAAUAAUAAUAAUAAUAAUAAUAAUAAUAAUACACACAUAAAAAAUAAUAAUAAUAAUAAUAAUAAUAAUAAUAAUAAUAAUAAUAAUAAUAAUAAUAAUAAUAAUAAUAAUAAUAAUAAUAAUAAUAAUAAUAAUAAUAAUAAUAAUAAUAAUAAUAAUAAU